UUUCUGGGAAGACGUUUUGGGCAUGUUGAGAAGUGCAACGUAGAACGUUUCAGAUAGAAAUACAUUUUCUUUUAACACCCACUGCGUUCUAUUCCCAUUGGCAUAGAAUAUGAUUUGUUCUGUACGGUGGAUAUCUUUGUGGGGCGUUUUGUAACGUCGCAACUUGCCUCAGGAAUGGAAUGUGGACUCCAGCCUCCGCCACAAAUUCGGAUUUAGGCUAGGAACAGAUUUGACAGACGCUGAGCAAGUGUAUACUUUAAAGUUUACUGUAAGAUUUGUUAAUGUUAGUUUUUUUGCGCCAACUGUUUGUUUACCAGCACCAGUUGUUAACAAACGGGAGGAAUUCAAUUUAAGCGAAUACAGAGGUCCAUUUAGUUAUUUUUGCGAAUUCGAGCAGUUUUCCCUCUGAAGCGUUGUGUGUUAGCGGACAUAUAGCUUUAGCUGGCUUUGUUGCGUUGGCGAAAACACACGGCGAAAGAAGACCGAACAAAAGAAACCAGGAAAAGACCUGGCGUUAUUUAUAACAUUUGUGGUUAUAUGCAUAUUAUAUUUAGCUAGCUAGUGUACUAGUUACGUUACCUAUAAACUGAAAACUAACGUUAGCAACAGCGAUUAAUCAUUUUGAGCGACAGCCUUUGAAGAAUUAAGAAAGGACCAUUCAAAUGGUUGAGGUUUGUAUUUCAUCGCCAACGAAAACGAGAUUCCAGCUGGUAGCUACUAGGCUACUUUUGUCGAGUGAUAUACAUCUGGACAAACAAGAGAUAUUGAUUAGCUAGCUGACGCCAGCUGCAUCACCAAUUUUGGGGACAAUAACUAGCGUUCGCUAGUGAGCUGGUCAACUCGUGUGAUUAUUGGCUAGAUUCGAGUUUGCAAAUACGGACAAAGGGGGGAACAACAAGCCAAUAUUUUUUGGGGGGCUACAUUUUGAACACUCAUCAUUCAUCGUAUUUGGGAAGGAAAACAAUAAACAAGGAAUUGACAUGAUGUUUCCACAAUCCAGACAUUCAGCUUCAUCGCAGCAGCUGAAAUUCACAACCUCCGAUUCGUGUGACCGAAUCAAGGACGAGUUCCAGUUCCUCCAAGCACAAUACCACAGUUUGAAGCUGGAGUGUGACAAGCUGGCCAGUGAGAAGUCUGAGAUGCAACGUCAUUAUAUCAUGUACUAUGAGAUGUCCUAUGGGCUGAACAUCGAAAUGCACAAGCAGGCUGAGAUUGUGAAGAGAUUGAACGGGAUCUGUGCCCAAGUCCUCCCCUAUCUGUCCCAGGAGCACCAGCAGCAGGUCCUGGGAGCCAUUGAGAGGGCCAAGCAGGUCACCCCUCCAGAGAUGAACUCCAUCAUCCGGCAGCAGCUCCAGGCUCACCAGCUGUCCCAGCUCCAGGGUCUGGCCCUGCCCAUGACCCCUAUGCCUCUGGGCCUGAGUCAGUCAACCCUGCCGGCCGUCACCUCCUCUUCAGGCCUCUUCUCCCUCUCCUCCAUCCUGGCCUCGCAGGCCCAGCUGGCAAAGGAGGAGAAGGCUUCUCGCGAGGGAGCUGACAGCCACCGUGAGGAGGACGGGGACAAGUCCGACUAGAGCUCCCUCCCGCCCUCUACCGCAUAUUAACUACCGCUGCGGCAGAGGGCUGUGGUCCUGUAUAUCUGCUAUCUAUCCAUGCCAGUCCCUCUUCUCUACCACAUCUCCCCCUUUAGUCCUCCGACUUCUACGGCCUAUCUGAUGCAUUUGCCGUCAUUCCAACUGCUUCAAUUUGUGUACAGUAUAGAUUUUUUUACUAUCAUUUCUUUCAUGUAUAUAUCUUUUUAUUUUGUAUUUUAUUUUUGUGGUUUGUCUUUUUGCUCAUUUGUUUUUCCCUCAUUCUGCUCCCUUUAUGGCCCAGUGGUAAAUGGAUCUGUGUUUUUACACCACCCUGGCUGAGCAUCUCCUUCCUCUCUUAUUUACCAAGGCCCAUCUGGGAGCCUGAAUGUCACAUAGUAUAAGUGGAAUAACAAACCAGAAGAGAUCCAACAGACAGGCUCGCGUCACCCAGAUCUCUAGUCUCUGUUUCAACUUGAUUCAGUUGGUUGAUGUGGGGUAACUCUCACAAUACUGUUUUCAUAAACCGACUUUUAGACAAGCAACAGCAAAAAUUGUCUGUUAAUGUCUGAAUCCUAGCGUCAAAAUCCUGCAUUGAUAUCAGUGAGAAAAUGUUCUGAAAAUUUGUUGGCCUCGCUUUGAUUUUCAGGUUAUGAUUCCUCCCCAGGUUAAGGACAGUCGUUGAAAGAUUUUUUCUUUAUUUAACUAGGCAAGUCAGUUAAGAACAAAUUCUUAUUUUCAAUGACAGCCUAGGAACAGUGGGUUCAGGAACAGUGGGUUCAGGGGCAGAACGACAGAUUUGUACUUUGUCAGCUCAGGGGUUUGAACUUGCAACCUUCCGGUUACUAGUCCAACGCUCUAACCACUAGGCUACCCUAGGCUACCCUGCCGCCCCAAGAUGCUAGUCUUCUUGGUGAAGCGUGUAACUUGGUGACUCCAGUCCCCAGAGAGCCCUGUCUAACCCACUGAGCUACUUUAGAUCGCUUCCAUGAAAGGCAUGCUAUCAGUACUAUCAUAACAGUCUGAAUGUACAGAUCGCAGCGAUGAUUAACAUUGUGCGAGAUAGAAAACACCUUCAGAUAUUUUCUCUCCCUGGUGGUGAUGCAGUAGGAGAGUGCACGUUGCCUCUUCAACACUAGAAAGCAGUAAGUCUUUUAGAAAGCAGCUCUUGACAUCCACUGAGUCACCUCUUUUGAACAGGGAUCUCUGGUCUAUUCUAGGAAACAGGUUGACAUCUCGGUCUCUCAUGUUAGGUAGCGGCAUAGAACAAAAUGUCCACUGCGCCCACUAUCUUGUCACUCAAAAGAUGAGUCUCUGUAAGAAGAAAUGAUGCAUGAUUUAGCUCUCGUAUAGAAUACAAAUACAGCACUCACAAAUGUGGUUGCAUUGUCCAUGGCCAAUGAAUAGUUUUAAAUGAACAUUUUUGAUCAGUCAUUUGAGUAGAUGAAGCACAAAUCGCCAUUAUUUUGGUGUGCAUUUACAUUUAAAAAAAUAUAUAUAUAUAUUUUCUACAAACCCCAACAUGUUUCUCUCAGCCUGUUGGAGAAAGUGUGCGAUUAUUAGCUCGACCUGUAAGUGCCGCUGUAGGCUAGAACUAAAGGUUGAAUGGUAUAGAAGAUGUGAAGCUGACUGCUGGUUUUACUGUACGAUUGGGAAGGGAUUGGUGUUAUUGUCUGACCAUUGCUUUGAUCCCAGCCUGUUAUACAGCGUGUGAUGUAUUGUAUGUUUUUUGUAUUCCCCUUAUAUUAAUAGACAUCCUCUCUGUUUGAUGGUGGGUUACACUGUGAGGGUGUAGAGAUCUGUGUAAAUGUCUUAGAUAAAGUGUCACAAGAACAGAUUUCAUAGCCGUAUGUGAAUGCAUUCAUUUAACCUCUGUAAUAUAGAUUUGAACUUUGGUCAGUCAGUGGUGAGCCUGGGAUUGAAAUGUGGCUUUUGUUUUAAGUCUAAUACUGCUUGUGAACAGCACAACUUACUCUUAUUGACGUAAACAGUAGUGAUAUGCAAUGCGUGUGGGUAGAUGCACACAAACGCAUGUCUCUUGGAACUGUAUUCCUUUCUAUUAGCCACAAAAUGUUUUAAAGUUUGGUCCACAUUUUCUGUGAUCAAUACACUUGUUUGAAUAUUAUCGCUAUGAAAUAGAAUGAGAGUAAAAAGCUUUUAAAGAUUCCGCUAAAUUAACGAUGUAUUUGUUUAGUAGUGGAGGGCCAGUUUAUGUAUACAGUUAUACUUCUGAAGCUUUAUGUGUGGGUGAAAACGCGCUAUCGUGAUAAUUUCACUUAUGUUAUAAAAUACAUUUUGCCAAGACAAAUAAGGUUCUUCAUGUUGUGAAUCGAUCAGUUGGGUCUCUCUAACAUAUCAUUCCCCUUUAUAUCCCAAACGUCGCGUUUCAUAAACUAAUACAUCCCAUAAUAAGCACUGAGUUCUGUUGACAGAUAGCGGUGCAGGUUUCGCAUAACAACUUUUGAGGAUUUGACAUUUUGUGCUCGUCUUCAAAGUUUCCACUGGUCGCAUGAAGCUAAAUUGGCAUGACAUGAGCUGAAUUAAAUGUAAAAGGCUUUGAAAAUACGCUCAUUGCUCUGUUGACAUUUUGGAGAUACACUUGUUUUUGUGAAGAAUUUUCAAAAAGGAAUAGAAAUGUAGAAUUAAUAUGAAAACCGUAUACUAAAAUAAGAAAGUACUACGUCAUGUCUCAAAUCGAUAUCCAUAUUACCUCUAAUUUAUGUCCUGCGGCUUCGAGAAGGAAGAUGAGUUCAAUGGGAAAGUGAGCCUGUCAGGUAACCAGUAGCCUUAAUUCUUGCACAGAAUCCAGCCUAGCUGACACAAUGCAAUUUUCCAGAUUUUUGACCCUGUUUUUUUCUCUGGCUUCCAUUGAUUGUCACCCUAAUUCUGGCCAUCCUACAAGGGUACACACUCCAAUAACUUUUGAAUGGAUUAUGAUAGAGAUAUGAGGUUUGGACCAUUGGUUUUCUUAGAUGAGUAACAUUGUUUUGCCAAUUGGUCAAAAUAUGCGUUUUUGAUUGGACACCACAGAUAUAUGGCUGCAUAUUCUGUGUCUGUCCUGGAUGAUUCCUGUGCUCUGUCCUACAGUACUGCUGUGACACUAGAGGAAGUGCAGUACUUUGACCUAUACCUGUCCCUCUUUAACCCCUGACCCACUGUUUGCCCUUUACCCGUUGCCCCGUAGCGUGAAGCAUUGUAAGCAUUUUGAGCUUUGUAUAGGUCAUUUUUUGAAUACAUAUUUUGUGUAUAAUGAAAAAAAACUGAAGUUCAUACUUUGGCCCCCAAAAAAACAAACAAUUUGUGUCAUGUAAUUAUAGCUUCAUUUAAAGAAAUGGUGAAAUAUAAAAAUAACAAACAUUUACUAUAAAUAAAUGAAAUGUUCUGCAGUAAGGAAGUACUUUUGGUGCCUUUACAAAUAAAGUCAAUCAAAUCAA